AAUACUCGUGUUAAGCUAGGUACCAAUAUUUUGAAUUCUGACUUUAAGCUCUUGGCUUUGGCUGUUUGGUUAUGAGCUCAAUUUUUAUAUGAUUGACGUGUUUUAUCAGGCCUUAGUUUUCAUAAUGGAUUGUCUUUUUGAAGGUGAAUAAAGUUUAAUUACCUAGGUGGGGAGUGUUUAAGUUUGUAAUUUUGUUCAACUUUGGACAUGUUGAAAGAUUCGGGGAGUUUAGAAGUGGCUCAAACAUUAUCGGAUUUUCUUCUUUACGCCAUGCAACAUGCAACUGCACUAGGACCCAUUGAUGAAAUUUAUGCGUUCAUUGAAAAUCUCGUCAAUAAAGCACAUUGUCGUCGAGUUGCAGAAGUGUCAAUGACAAUUUUAAGCCUCGUCGCUGAUGGCCAUCAAUCUCGUGUUGCAAAAGUCAAGAAGAGUUUGAAGCUUCCAAUUACUUCUUUUGGACACUUACAUCUUAACGAGCAUUCCUGGAGGAGUUACAGUAGUGGCCCAAGCACGAGCUGUUUCGAGAGAUUGUGUAUGGGAGCAAGCUGGUGGUCGACAACUCGAAGCUGUUGAUUCGUGAGAUUAAUGGCAAGCUGCAGAACUGACAUGGUAGAGAUGUAAUUGGAUUAUGAAUGUCCUGGCAGUUAGCUGCAGUUCAAGGUGAUUUGAGAUGAAGGAAAUAAGAUGGUCGAUUGAUGUGGGUGCGAAUUGGUGGC